AAGACGUGUAUAUUCGUGCACUUGGAAUGCAUACCAUGUGUCAAGUCCUCCUCCAGUGCAGACGUGAGCACUGUGGGGCUCGUUCCGGCAUGCCUACUGCGGCGUGGGCAGACACGUCUCCGGUACAUGCGCAGCAGAUCGCAUUGCUUCUGUUGCGUGCAGCAGCUGGACAGCUCCAGCCUCGAUCUGGAACAAUGGAGUCGACGGUGCAUUUCCGCGACAUUCAAGCUUCGGCUACCUCCUUUUUGGAAGUCAAGACAUGGUCAUGCCACCCAAUGACAGUAAGGUUUUCGCCCGGCGACACGGAACGGUGCAGACCUCGACCAAGCCGAUCAUCGUGGGGUUUUCUCGACGACAAGGCGGGGUAAGGCAUCGCGGCCAGCGUCUGCACCAUGAUGAAACUCAAUAGUAGAUAUAUACAGUUGUCACAGCUCUGCACGCCUGAUUCGCCACCCACCACCUACACGACCUUUCCCACUGACACCAACGACAGACGAUAAUCAUGUCGAAGCUCGAAGUAUACCUCGACCCUUGCACGGUCAAUAGCAGAAAAGUGCUUGCUGGACUGGACAUGAUGGAGAUACCCUACAAUUACAACUUUAUUAGUUUCUUCAAGGGCGAACAGAAAAGCGACAGCUACACCAAGAUCAACCCCAUGCAAACUGUCCCUUCUGCGAAAGAUGGAGACCUGGUCUUGACCGAAUCCAACGCAAUUCUCAUGUACGCCGCAGAUUUGGGCAAGGACGACUCUGCUUAUCCCAAAGACCUCAAGCUGCGCGCAGACGCCAACCGCUGGCUCCUUUGGGAAUCUUCUGUCUGGUUUGCCACCAACUAUGUCUAUCUGGUGGAGUAUGUGGUGAAGCCACUCAUGGGUGCUCAGCCCGACCAGUCCGUCAUCGACAAUGAGGCCCCCAAGUGGCACAAAGCCGCCGGCAUCCUCAACACCCGCCUCGGUGAGACAGGUAAAUGGAUCCUUCCAGGGGACAAGCCCAGCAUCGUCGACAUCUCCAUCGCCUCAGCCGUACAUCUUCACGAGGCCCAAAACCUUCCUCUCGAUCAACACCCCAACUUGAAACGCUGGAUCAGCGACGUUGAAAAGAUCCCCGCGUGGCAACAGACCCAAGCCGCUGUCGACGAUGCCCUCCUUCCCAACAAGAAGAAGGGAGAGGUACGUGCCGAGUUCAAUUACACCAAAGAUGUCAGCAUCGAAGAUAAGCUUACCGAAAUCUACUUCUACGAAGACCCCAAGUCAGUAGACAUCCACGCACCGGGCGACGACCUCCAAACCAUGACCGUGCACUCCGGUUGGGGUCAAGACUGGGACGUAGACGUCAACGGUUUCAGCCUCAAAGACUUCACCCCAGCCUACAACGGUUCAUGGGAAGACAGCGAAACAGUCGCCAAAGACUUCUACCCAGAAGUGGUAGAAUUUUUGAAAAAGGAGUUGGGCGCCAAAAGAGUACUAGUCUUCGACCACACAAUCCGCACAAAAAAGAACAAUGAAAAACCCCUCACCGACCAAAAAAAUACUUCGCAGCGCGCUCCCGUUCGCCUCGUACAUUGCGAUUAUACCGCCGAGUCCGCUCCUUUGCGCGUGAAACAGCUCCUUCCUGAAGAAGCUUCUUCUCUCCUCACCCGUCGCGUGGCAUUCAUCAAUGUCUGGAAACCUCUCACGCGCGUGGAAGAGAAUCCUCUUGCUAUGUGUGAUGUCAAGUCUGCGCCGCAAGAAGAUUUCUUUAAAUUGUAUUUGCGGUACAAGGAUCGUACCGGGGAGAAUUAUGUGAUGAGGUAUAAUGAGGCGCAUAAGUGGUAUUAUUUCCCUAUGAUGGAGAAGGAGAAGUGUAUUUUGUUGAAGACUUAUGAUUCGGAUACGGGGAAGGCGCAGUUUGUGGGGCAUACGGCUUUUGAUGAUCCGACAACGAAGCCGGAUGCUAUUACGAGGGAGAGUUGUGAAAUCCGGACGAUUUGUUUCUUUUGAGCGGCUUUUUUGUGUCGCUUCGUUUAUUCGACAGAUGAGACGGAG